AUGCAUGCUCAAUUAGUAUCACCAUCAGUGUCAUCAUCAUCUGUCGCUUCGGUGUUUAAACGACGGUGUCUCGAGAGCACGCGACGGAAAAGUGGUUCGAGCAGACCGUGCUGCCGCGCGAAGAAGAAGGUUGAUGAUGAUGAUGAAAAUGUAACUGCCAACAACAACAGUCAACAAAGAAGAAGAAGAAGAACCGCACUCCUCGGCGUUGCAUCGACGUCCAUGUUCCUCAAACACUACGGAGACACCAACCCUGCACUCGCGAUUCAAUCGGAAAUUGAACUGACGAAUCUAUCGUACACACCCGCGGAGUGCCCGCCGAAUCAAUACUUACCCUCGAAGAAAUCUGCCAUGUGCGUGUUAUUCACUGCAACAGCAAAGAGCAAGAAAAAAGUCUCCGCGGCGAACGUGUUUGGAUUCAUCGACGAUUACGACGGGAACUCCGCGGCGACGAAUAACGAAACCGGAACGUCGAGGGUUGUGUUGGCGCAAAUCGACGAGGAGAUUCCUGAAGGCACGAGCGAGGUGACAUUUGUGGUGACGGUAUUCAAAGAGUCGUAUAACAAAGGGAAGUUUAAGUUGAAAGGGUUCAAAGCGGUGGAAGCGAACGCGGCGAUUAACAAGAGGUUCGUGCCGCUCGGGGAUUGCGAUUUGGAUACGACAGCGCCGGGGUGUCCGGACGAUCCACUGGCGUAA